CAGUGCGCAGCGCCGGAAAAGGAGCCUAGUUUCCGGUUAAACAACAUUGACGAUGGUUUAUGUAUCAAACGGUCAGGUUCUGGACAGCAGGACCCGGUCGCCGUGGAGCUUGUCUUUCCUGAGCGAUCUCUUCUGGGGUGCCGUCGAGUUUAUUGGCUUGUUCUUCCAGUCUCUCGUUCAGCCAGAUCUGUCUAAAGAUGGACAGAGCAGUGCAUCGUCUCGUUUCAGCGAUGGCAGAGGUCCUCCUGGAUUCCCUGGGCGCAGACGGAUGGGCAGAAUAAACCACGGUGCGGGUCCCACCCCUCCUCCUAUGGGCGGAGGAGGAUGAGGAAGGUAAACGCCUGCACAGCGAUGCAGGCGCACAGGGGUGUGACACGCUGGUUUUAGCUGCAUACUGCUCAGAUAGGGCUCCGUUGCAGACGAUCACUCAGUACGUCACACUCCUCUUCCUACGGCUGCUGCUGCUGUCACGCAGUUUCUUGACGUUACUCUGGGAAUUCCUUGUCUGAGGGGCCAGAGGGACUGAUCAUGGCAGCCAAACCCCAGCCGCCAUCAUAGAAAAGCCAACACACACACACACACAUACACGUUACAUAACUUAUCUCUCUCUCUCUCUUUUUUUAGUAAUAUCUUCCGAAAGCAAUGUUGUAGUGGAUGUUGUAUGUACCCUUUGCAUCAAUAAAGUAAGUUAUAAU